AUGCAUAUCUAUUUCUACUCCUUCAAACUUGUCACUUUCAGCUUCUUAUUCUUCUUCUUCAACAAUUCUCCCUUUUUAUUUCGUCCAUGUUUUUCUUUCCUUUCCUUCCUUCCUUAUAGCUUAUCUUCCCUUUCCUUCCUUGUAGUGUUUUUCUUUCCUUUCUUUCCUUCUUUCCGUACUUAUAGUGUUUUUCCUUUCCUUCCUUCCUUCCUUAUAGUCUUUUUCUUUCCUUUCCUUCCUUCCUUCCAUCCUUAUAGUGUUUUUCUUUCCUUUCCUUCCUUCCUUCCUUCCAUCCUUAUAGUGUUUUUCUUUCCUUUCCUUCCUUCCUUCCUUCUUUCCUUAUUUGUUUUUUUCUUUUUUUUUCUUUCCUUUUAUUUCUUUUUUUCCUUUCCUUCCUUUUUCUUUUCUUUUUUUCCUUCCUUUUUUUUUUUUUUCUUUUUUUUUCCUUUCUUUCCUUCCUUCUUUUUUUUUUUUUUUUUUUUUUCUUUUUUUUCUUCUUUUCUUUUCUUUCUUUUCCUUCCUUUUUUUUUUCCUUUUUUUUUUCCUUUUCUUUUCCUUUUUUCUUUUUUCUUUUCUUUUUCUUUUUUUUUUCUUAUUUUUUUUUUUCUUUUUUUUUUUUCUUCUUUUCUUUAUUUCUUUUUUCUUUUCCCUUUUUUUUUUUUUUCUUUUUUUUUUUUUUUUUUUCCUUUCUUUUUUUUUUUUUUCUUUUUUCCUUUUUUUCUUUUCUUUUUUCUUUCUUUCCUUUUUUUUUUCUUUCUUUCCUUCUUUUUUUCCUUUCUUUCCUUAUUUUCUUUUUUUUCUUUUCCUUUUUUUUCCUUUUUUCUUUUUCUUUCCUUUUCCUUUUUUCCUUUCUUUUUUUUUCUUUCCUUUUUCUUUCCUUUCUUUUUAUUUCUUUUUCUUUUUUUUUUUUUCUUUUUUUCUUUGUUUUUCUUUUCUUUUUUUCUUCCUUUUUUCUUUUUUCUUUUUCUUUUCUUUCCUUCCUUUUUUCUUUUUUUUUCUUUCCUUUUUCCUUUUCUUAGUUCUUUUUUUUUUUUUCUUUCCUUUUUUUUUUUCCUUUUUUUUUUUUUUUUCUUUUCUUUCCUUCCUUUUUUUUUCUUUCCUUUUUCUUUUUUUUUCUUUUUUCUUCCUUCCUUUUUAUUUUUUUUUUUUCUUUCUUUCCUUUUUUUUUCUUUCUUUUUUAGUUUUUUUCUUUUCUUUCCUUUCUUUUCCUUCCUUUUUUUUUUUUCUUUCCUUUCCUUCCUUAUUUUCUUUUUUUUUCUUUUUUUCUUUUUUUCUUUCCUUAUAGUCUUUUUUCUUUCUUUUCCUUCCAUUUUUUUUUUUUUUCUUUUCUUUUUUUUUUUUUUUUCUUUUCCUUUUUUUUUUUCUUUUUUUUUUUUCUUUUCUUUUCUUUUUUUUUUUUUUUUUUUUUUUCUUUUCUUUCUUUUUUCUUUCUUUUUUUUUUUUUUUUUCCUUUCUUUCUUUCCUUUUUUUCUUUCUUUCCUUUUUCCUUUUGUUUUUUUUUCCUUUUUUUUCUUCCUUUCUUUUUUUUCCUUCCUUUUUUCCUUUCCUUUUUUUUUUUUUUUCCUUUCUUUUUCCUUUAGUCUUUUUCUUUCCUUUCCUUUUAUUUUCUUUUUUCUUUUUCCCUUCCUUCCUUCCUUAUUUUUUUUCUUUCCUUUCUUUUUUCUUUUCUUUUUUCUUUCUUUUCCUUUUUUUUCCUUCCUUUCUUUUUUUUUUUCCUUUCCUUUUUUUUUUUUUUUUUUCUUUCUUUUCUUUUCCUUUAUUUUUUUUUUUUUCUUUUCUUUUCUUUUUCCUUCCUUUCUUUUUUCUUUUUUUUUCUUUCCUUCCUUUUUUCUUUUUUUUCUUUUCUUUCCUUUCCUUUUUUUGUUUUCUUUCUUUUUUUUUUUUUUCCUUUUUUUUUUUUUUUUCUUUCCUUUCCUUUCUUCCUUUUUUCUUUCUUUUUUCUUUUUUCUUUCCUUCCUUUUAAUUUUUUCUUUUUUUUUCUUUUUUUUUCCUUUUUGUUUUUUUUUUUUCCUUUCUUCUUUCUUUCCUUUUAUUUUCUUUUCUUUUCUUUCCUUCCUUUUCUUUCCUUUUUUCCUUUUUUUUUUUUUCUUUCCUUUUUCCUUCCUUAUAUUUUUUCUUUUCUUUCCUUCCUUCCUUCCUUAUUUCUUUUUUUCUUUUCCUUUUUUUCUUCCUUCAUUUCCUUUUUUCCUUCCUUUUUUUUUUUUCUUUUCCUUUUGUUCUUUUUCUUUUCUUUCCUUUCUUUCCGUCCUUGUAGUCUUUUCUUUCCUUUCCUUUCUUUCCUUCCUUGUAGUCUUUUUCUUUCCUUUCCUUCUUCCUUUAUUGUUUUUUCUUUUUUUUUUUUCCUUUUUUUCUUCCUUUUCUUUCUUUUUUUUCCUUUCCUUUUUCUUUUCAUUUUUUUUUUCUUUUUUUUCUUCCUUUUCCUUCUUCCUUCUUUUUUUUUUUUUUCCUUCCUUUAAGUCUUUUCUUUCCUUUUCUUUCCUUCCUUGUAGUUUUUUUUUUUUUUUUCCUUUCUUUGUAAGUCUUUUUCUUUUUUUUCCUUUUUUCUUUUUUUUUUUUUGUUUUCUUCCUUUUUCUUUUUCUUUCCUUUCCUUCCUUCCUUAUAGUCUUUUUCUUUCCUUUCUUUCCUUCCUUGUAGUGUUUUUCUUUCCUUUCCUUCCUUUUUUUUUUUUUCUUUUUCCUUCUUUCCUUCCUUUUUUUUAUUGUCUUUUCUUUCUUUUUUUCCUUUAUAAUUUCUUUCCUUUCUUUUUUAUAGUCUUUUCUUUUCCUUUCCUUCCCCUUCCUUCCUUGUUUUUUUUUUUUUUCCUUUUUUCCUUCCUUUUUUUCUUUUUCUUUUCUUUCCUUUUUUUUUUCCUUUUUUUUCUUUCUUUUUUUUUUUUAUCUUUCUUUUUUCCUUCCUUCCUUCUUUCUUUUCUUUUUCCUUUCCCUUCAUUUCUUUUUCUUUCUUUCUUUCCUUCCUUUUUCUUUCUUUCCUUUCUUUUCUUUUUUUUUUUUUUUUUUUCUUUUCCUUUUUUUUUUUUUUUUUUCUUUUUCUUUUGCUCUUCCGAAAGUUUAGUUUUUUAUGAUUUUUUAAUCGUAAAAAAUCGAAGAACGUUUUUCGGAAUUUCUUUUCCUUUUUCUUUUCCCUUGACGAAAAUUUUUCUUUUCCUUUCUUUUUUCGAACCAGGUUUCUUUGCACCUUUUCAGGAAUUUCUUUUCUGUUUUUUUGUUUUUUAA